AUGCCACCGCUUGCUCCUCCACAAGACCCAACCGGCUCACCAAUCUGGCCUGUACGUGGUGUUAAACGUCGUCGAGAAGAACAGCUGCCUUCCAGUGCGGCGGCUACCGAUCGCGGAACAAAAGACAUUACAUUGAAUGAUCUUUCGGUUCCUUCUAUUCUGCCUACCACCGUACCAGCAGCUAGAUUUUGGUUGUAUCUCUCUGGCCUGAAUCCGUUAGCUACUGACAGUGACGUGCAAAAAAUUGUGUCACAGUGUUUAAAUGUUCCCGACACUACCGAAGUUGUACGACUAGUGCCCAAGGACAAGGAUAUUAGUCAAUUGUCCUUCGUGUCGUACAAAAUCGGACUUGACCCGGCGCUGAAAAUUCAAGCUUUGGAUCCUGCAUCCUGGCCGGCUGGCGUACUAUUCAGGGAAUUUUGUGACGUCGAUAGUGCGCAUGACAUCACUCUCUAUCUACAAAAUGUACGCGAAUUGAGGACUAAAAUCGACGAAUUCUUCUUGACGACUCACGAGUGUGAUCUUGACGUAAUAUUUUUAACCGAGACCGGACUAGACGACCGCAUCGACUCGCUUCAAUUAUUCGGGACAUCUUAUAAUGUUUUCCGCUGCGACCGUAAUCCACGCAACAGUGACAAAUCCAGUUUCGGAGGUGUACUUAUUGCCGUGGCGCAAUGUUAUCCUAGCUCGAUCGCCGAAUCUGCUAACAGUGCCCACGUAGAGCAAGUUUGCGUGAAUGCUACUAUCCGUGGCAAACAGCUGUUACUUUGCUGCCUGUACAUUCCGCCCGAUAGAAGUCGUAGCACCGACAUUGUCAAUAUACACGUUUCAUCUAUUUGCGAGCUUUGGGACAAAUGCACUGAUCGUGGCUCGCUUCUGGUGUGCGGCGAUUUUAAUCAGCCUCGCAUUGAAUGGGGAUCGGAUGAAAGUCAAAAAGUAUCCACAGCACAUCUGCCCUGUGCGAGUGCCGCUUUGAUCGAUGGCAUGAAUUUUCUGAACCUUACACAAGUGAACACAGAACGAAAUCAUCUCGGGCGCACAUUGGACCUGGUAUUUUGCACUUCUGGAUGCUUAUUGUCUAUCGACCGUUGUGUUACCCCGCUGCUGCCUGUCGACCCUCACCACCCACCGCUUGUGAUGUCGAUACCUGUCUGUGAUAAUGGUGAUACUGCUACUGUUCUGAUUGAUGAAACAAAAAAAUUGAAUUUCCGAAAAAUCGAUUUCUCUGCAUUGGAUCAGCACUUGCUCUCUAUUGAUUGGAGGGCUCUACUGGAGUAUAACGAUGUGGAUGAGAUGGCAUCGAAGUUUUGUGAAACUAUUUCGCGAUGGUUGAACUCCAAUGUACCUCUUGUGAAACGACCGGCUUCGCCUGCGUGGAGUACCCCGCAUCUUAGGCAGUUGAGAAGGGAGCGCAACCGAGCACAGCGUGCACAUCGGAAACGUAAGACAAUGCUGACACAGCGCAACUUUAAACGUACUAGCGAUGAAUUUCGGCGUUUGAAUGCGGUUCUGUACAAAUCAUAUGUCCUGCGUGUACAAACCGAUCUCCGGAAACAACCGAAAAAUUUUUGGAAUUUCGUUAAUUCGAAAAGGAAAUGCUCCUCCAUCCCUUCCCACGUGUGCCUUGACGGAAUCGAAUCCACUACCGUUUCUGAUUCUUGUGAGCUGUUUGCAAACUUCUUCUCAUCUGUGUUCGCCAAUAAAACAGCCUCUGAUCGUGAUGCACAAACCGCUGCUUCAUACGUUCCUGCUGAUCUGGUCGACUUGAAUGUGUUUGAGAUCACUACCGACAUGAUAAUAACUGCUGCAAAAAAACUGAAGCGUUCUUUCUCUGCGGGGCCAGAUGGCAUUCCAGCUGUAGUCCUGAAUCGCUGUAUUGUACCGUUGGUCGUUCCUUUACGCAUUAUUUUCAACAAAUCAUUCGAACAAGCUAAAUUCCCGAAUAUUUGGAAGGAGUCGUUUAUAUUCCCAGUGUAG